AUGUCGAACCUCCCACGCUCGCAGACAAGCUCGUCGUCCCGGCUCAGCACGAUGCCCUCCCAGAAGCCCCGCCAGCUCUCCCACCUCCAAGCCCAGCUUGCGCAAUUGACGGCGAAUAUGGCGGACCUAGAGAGCCUGAUGCGGAUGACAGCAGAACAGGCACAGGAUAUGCGAGGACUUGGUGGCUACGCCGGCGCGAUGUUCAUGGCAUCAAGCAAAGUGCUAGGAGAAGAAACGGUCAAGGGAGGCGGUAGUGGUGCAGCAUCGUCCGGAGCGGAGGGCGCGCGCGAACAAGACAAGUGA